UUUAUUAAUAAGUAUUGAUUUUCAAGUUACACAUUAAAUUAAUAGAUGAAUUGUUUACAUAUUUUUCUCCCUACAUUUUUAAAGCAAACUCCAGAGCAAAGAUUACAUUGUUAUGUAAGUUCUGUAAAAGCCCCUCCCCUCUUUGAAUCCGGGGAUUUUUCUUUUCCUGGCACUGCUGUUGAACCACAGACAGGACCAAUUAUUUGCUCCAUUAUCUCCACCUUCAGUAUUGGUUCAGUUAAGAGUUCCUUUGGUUGCGUUCACAAGCGGACAUGUGCCUUUGAUAUCUUUGUAGUGCACAUAAGAGGAGUUGGCGAUAAAAGCUACAAAGCAUGAAGAAACAAACUGCAGUGAAGAAUAAGUGAGAUCCCUGAGUAUAGUCGGUCUUAGCCAUCUGCAAGCAGUCAAUAAUUGAAGCAGCAAGCAUCAAGCAUCAUUGUCAGUUACCAUAGCACCUCUGGUGAUACAGAUCCAUCUUUUACCGUCGUUGUUCUGACCAUUUUUCAAGCAAAAUGAGGGAAAUUGUUCAUCUGCAGGCUGGGCAGUGUGGAAACCAGAUAGGAGCCAAAUUCUGGGAGGUAAUAAGUGAUGAACAUGGUAUUGACCCAUCAGGGACCUACCAUGGAGACAGUGACCUGCAGUUAGAGAGAAUCAAUGUGUAUUACAACGAGGCAUCCGGUGGGAAAUAUGUCCCUCGUGCAGUUUUGGUUGAUUUAGAACCAGGAACCAUGGACUCUGUGAGGUCCGGUCCAUUUGGUCAGAUCUUCAGACCAGACAGCUUUGUCUUUGGUCAGACUGGAGCUGGUAACAACUGGGCCAAAGGACACUACACCGAAGGAGCCGAGCUGGUGGACUCUGUCCUGGAUGUAGUGAGGAAGGAGGCGGAGAGCUGUGAAUGUCUCCAGGGUUUCCAGCUCACCCACUCCCUGGGGGGAGGUACCGGUUCCGGCAUGGGUACACUGCUCAUUGGAAAAAUCCGUGAAGAAUAUCCAGACCGAAUCAUGAACACCUUUAGCGUGGUGCCCUCUCCUAAAGUGUCGGACACAGUGGUGGAGCCGUACAACGCCACUCUGUCGGUCCACCCGCUGGGCUUCAGAGGCCGCAUGUCCAUGAAGGAGGUCGAUGAACAGAUGCUGAAUGUACAGAACAAAAACAGCAGCUACUUCGUGGAGUGGAUCCCCAACAACGUCAAGACCGCCGUCUGUGACAUCCCUCCCCGAGGGCUGAAAAUGUCUUCUACCUUCAUCGGCAACAGCACCGCCAUCCAGGAGCUGUUCAAACGCAUCUCUGAGCAGUUCACCGCCAUGUUCCGACGCAAGGCCUUCCUCCACUGGUACACUGGUGAGGGUAUGGACGAGAUGGAGUUCACAGAGGCCGAGAGCAACAUGAACGACCUGGUGUCUGAGUACCAGCAGUACCAGGACGCCACUGCUGAGGACGAGGGUGAGCUGGAGGAAGGUGAAGAUGAGGAAGCCUAGAGGACUACCGUGACCCUGGUUUUACUCUGCAAGUGACUGAAAGGAGAAGAAAUUAUUAGUUAUGAAUCAGUCAAUAUAAAAAAAUAACUCGAUGGCACAAAGGUUAAAUGAAAUGUGUCAAGUGAUAACAAUUCUAAAUAUUUCUCUAAAUUAGGAAAUGAGCUAAAGCAACAUUACAGAUGUCUAUUAUCAAAGAAGACGCUUAGAUGUUAUAGAUUUUUUGAAUUUCAAUAUGAAUUUCAAGAAAAAAUUUACUGCUCAAAUUUUUCCAUCAAAACUUGUCUGAACAAGCUAGUUGAAGGUUUUGUUAAGUGCUGGCCAAAUUGUGUUGCUUAUCAAACCAGUUAACAGACAAAAUAAAGAAUGGUUCCAAAUUAUUCUUGGUGUCAGAAUUUUGUUAAAGUACAGUUUUCUUGGUCCCUUCUGUUCUUCACUCUACACCAUUCAUGCUUCGUUCUUCCAUCUUUGCUCCACACUCUUGUUGUCAUAGCGUUGCCUGUCUGUCUUCACUUGUUAAAAAAAGUGUUUGACAAACCUGAACUGCUAUGAAAACCCGUAGCCAUCUCUGGAUGAACGUUAACACAGUGCAGGUUGGUUUGACCUCUGUAUGUUUCUAAAACAUUGCUGGUUAAUAUUUCAGGAUUCCACAGAUUUGUUAACAUAACUGGAGGCAGUUUCUGUUGCCCUGAUUUCUAGGAGCAUGAGCAUCUUUAUUUCAGUCUGGUUCCUACCAACAAAAGUGCUCCACAGCCAUGUUUGAGUGCCGACAAUUUCAGACUUGAAAAGCAGUGAAUGUCUUAAAAUAUUUGAAAUCCUGUGUUUGUGCACGGAGACGAUCAUUUCAUUGGAAGGAACAAGAGGACAUUUCUGUAACAAAGGAGUCUGAAAUCUGAGACAAGCCCAGCUUUAGGGGCUGAGCUGUGGAGUGGAGGAGGAACGAGGAGGAGGAACACGAGAGUUCAGCUAACAACACACGCAUCUGGAAAUAAUUGAGAAGAGGAGGGAGAAAAAGAGAGAGCGAGAGAGACGUCUACUCAACACAAAAGAGAGAAAACAAAAAGGAAACUCUGGAAAAAAAGCCAGUGUUCCAGUCUAUGAUGGCUCCAACCUCGAUCUGCAAGUAGAAACUAA